GUUGAGGCGAGGCAGCACUCCCGACAGCAUCAUCGCCAGCAGAGGUCAUUGACUGGAGCAACAUCACAAUAUCGCGCCCGACAGCACGACAAUGGCCGCCAAGUCCAUGUGCAGCAGGUGUCUGCGCCUGGCCAUCAGAAACACUCCCGCGCGAUCAUUACCAUCCACCUCCAGACGGGCAUUUACCACGGCGGCAGCGAAACAGCCCUCACAACCACGAAAGAUCCAUUCGUCGACGAAACAGCGAGCUGCACCAGCGACAGCACGGUCUCAAGAACCAUAUACACCCCAAGAUGCAGAACGAAAAGUGUUGCUGCAACCCAACAAUCUCUUCCACUCCUUCACCAAUUCUCCAUCGCCGGCGAUACGGAAACGAGCGGCUUUUAUGAAGCAGAAUGCCUACUGUCCACACCCCGAACAUCAAGCAACGAGAGCACCUACAUCUCCUCAUGAUCUAGAGUCGAGAAAGACGGGCGCAAUGCCCCCUGCACAUGUACGAUACGAGUGCCCAGACUGUGGCAUCCCAGUAUCGUGCAGCGAGCAGCAUUUCGCUAGCGACUACGAGAGCCAUUUGGAAAUCUGUGACCUGCUGCGAGAGAUCAAUGAGGAUGAUCACGAUUUGAACAGCGGGCGGUUCUUCCCCGAAUUCGAGUAUCCGGGCGCACAACUAGAGGAGGCACAGGUUAACCUACAGAAUUGGGACACUCUGUUGUAUAGCCGAGAAUUUGAAGCAAUCAACGAGGAGAGGCCGCUACGACAAGUCACGCGAUUGUUGACAUAUCCCAUCACAGUCGGGAGCGUGCUGCACGAACUCAGUCCAUACAGCCUGUCACAAAAACUGACUCCCGAGGGACUGAGAUCAUUAUCUGCCCUCCGCUAUACCCUCCACCCACCUCGAUCCGGAGGCGGUGUUGAUAUCAAGGGCCUGCGAACCCAAGCACCCCCAGUCCGCCUCUUCAUCCUCGGCGCCCGCGCGGAAUCCUCUCUUCCCCGCCAAGUCUGGCUCCAACUCUCAUACCUCUUCCCCCGCGCAACAUUUCACUUAAUCUUCAUCGGACCCGAAAGCAUGUCCAACCGCGACGACGAAUUCCCGCUUCCACCACGCACAUCGCAAAACCCCUUCGGCGCCAUCGUCGAAGACCGUCUGGGCGGACAAAUGAAAAUCUCAACAUACGUCGAAUACUUCCACACCCUCCACGAAGCCCAACACUUCACCCCUUACGACCCUUACUUCGACUGCUUUGUUUGCUUCCAUCCAGGUUUCGGACAUCCAGCUUCCUCGCACGAAUGGUCGCAAACUCUCCCACAGCUUCUCGAGACUAAGGUCCCCAUCAUCUGUACCGGAUAUACCGAAUACGACAUGCAAAGGGAUAUUUCCUGGGUGACGGAUCAAGCGAAGGGCGAGAUGGACAUUUUGUUGCAGCCAGGAGAGAACCGCUUCAGGAGUCUGAGAUGGGAUCUGAAUGACUUGGAUCCUGGGGAUGUGAGUUGCGGGAACUGGGGAAUUUGGGGCUUCAGAGGGAAGAGGUAUGAGACUGAUGAGUAUCGGGGGCGACAGCAGGAGGAUGGGCCCAGUGGGAAAACUGAAGAGGGACCGCAGGGUGAGGGAAAGCCGAUUGCGUUGUAGACGGGACUUGUAUAUGUAUGUGAAUGGCGCACAUAUGAAGGCCCAGCCAGACUUGCUAUCUGCGUGUCCAAUCAGUUCUUCACCUAGCUCCCACAAAUCUACUCAACCUCCCAGAG